AUGACCGAUUUGCAGGGCAAAGUCGCCCUGGUAACAGGCGCAAGCCGAGGUGUCGGACGCGGCAUAGCCCACGAGCUUGGAGUUGCAGGCGCGACCGUUUAUGUAACUGGCCGCAGCGCGACCGAUGACGCGACUACGGAAGACCUGGGCGGCACUGUGAACGGCACGUCAGCGCUCGUAACGCAGUCCGGUGGUAUCGGCAUCCCCGUGCUCUGCGACCACACACGCGACGACGCUGUAUUAGCGCUUUUCGAGCGCAUACGCCGCGAGCAAGGGCAGUUGGACAUCCUGGUGAACAAUGUCUGGGGCGGAUAUGAGGACUUCGACGCCGCGAAUUUCGUCGCUCCAUUCUGGGAGCAACCGAUGUGGCGCUGGGAGCUAAUGUUCGAUGCAGGCGUCCGCGCCCACUACACCGCAAGUCGUCUCGCCGCGUCCCUGAUGAUCCCGCGUAAACAGGGGCUUAUCGUGAACAUAUCAUCGGGUGACGAAGGCAAGUAUCGCGGACAGGUGAUGUACGACGUCGCCAAGGCGGCAGUCGACCGCAUGGCGUUCGCAAUGGCGCUGGAGCUUCGGCAGCACGGCAUCGCCGCCUUAGCCAUCUACCCCGGCUUGACGCGCACCGAGCGCGUUAAGCGCUUCGCGUCCGCCAAAGAGCUUACGAAUUCGGAAUCGCCACGUUACGCUGGACGUGCCGUAGUCGCUCUAGCCACCGAUUCAGCCUUGAUGGAGCGCAACGGCGGUGCAUACAAGACCGGCGAACUAGCUCAAGAUUACGGCUUCACGGAUAUCGACGGCACGCAGCCGCCUCCUUUCAGCUUCGGAUAG